AUGAAGACGCGGGAGGGGACGACGCGGGACGACGACGCGGCGGACGACGCGCGGGCGGCGACGGAGACGGAAGAGACGGAGAACGCGGCGCGCGCGGUGAAGAGGGAUGACGCGGUGACGCCGGAUCGAGGAUUGGGGCAGCGACGGGCGCUGAGCGCGGAGACGCGGUCGAGACCGUUCGUGCCGCUCAAGGGGGAGGUGCUGCACGUCGCGUGGUACAGAGAGUACGACGAUACGGGUAAGUUUACGCGAGAGGAGGGGUUGGCGUAUCGGGAGUGCAUCGAGAAGCUCAUGUCCCACUACACGAUGCCGGUGGAGGAAGUGCGAGAGACGCUGGACGGGAUCGAACGCGGAUGGUCGGACGUGACGCUGAGUCUCGGCGAAGGGUUCAAUCUGCGCAUGCAGAGACACAACGAAUUCGAGACGUUGACGCUGAACGGGCCGGGAAACAUGAAAGAGGCGCUGGAUUCACCCAUGCCCGAGUGGCAGCGGCUGCUCCCGCGCGAGUGGACGUGUGAGAUCCCUGGCAAGGUGUUUUUGAUCAAUCACGCCGUGUUCAGGCAGCUCUCGAGCGCGCCGAAGAGCGAGGUACCGACCUUGAAGGAGUCGAGCUCGAUCAGGCGCGCGUUCGGGACGUUUGAAGAUUUUGCGCCGAGAAUAAAGUCGACGUACGAGGACGAGGACGAGGACAGUCUCCUGGAGUGGGACUCCGGGACGCUCAUCGGGUGCGGCAUCGGAGACGGAAGCCGUUUGUUCGUAAACUACGAACUGGAUGAUUUUGGAGCGAUGAAGACCUUGGUCGUCGUGCCCCCUGGUGAGAGCGUGUUCAUUCGCGCCGGCCGUCAGUUGCAACGCUUCUUGCAGCUCGAGCAGUAUCGAUUGUUGCUUUUGCAGCGCCUCCCGUCAGCCAAGUCCAGGUUCCCGCUCUUAGCCGGCCUGAACGAGCGCUACGAAGCGCUCGCGUCGCAGCUUCGUCGAAGUAAGGCCACGGCGCGAGGCCAUAAAACGCAGCAAGAAUUCGUGACGCAAAUCACCGAGCUCGAACAAGCGGUGACGCAACUCUUGACGAGAACCCAGCUCACGGCGCUCACGACGCAAGCGUACACGGACAUCAUCAACCUUCGACUCGCCGAGGCUGGUUUCACCCGUCUCGGGUACGAGAUUCGAUUCUUGCCGACAUUCGUGAAGAAGCGCAUCGAUCCCGCCGUGAACACCAUCAAAACGGUCGCCGAGCAAGCGAGGAUUCUCAGCGACGCGUUGGAGCGCACCACGGCUCUGGUACAGGCAUCCGUGGAGGUCCGUCUGCAGCGUAUUAACGAGCGCAUCGCGCAGUACGGUUUGCUCUUCACCGUCGCCAGUGUCUGCGUCUCAUUGCUGGCGGGGAUUCAACCCAACGGAUCGCUUCACGGUCUUUUCGUCCUCUUCAAGGCAAAAUUCUUCGCCCUCGUCGGUUUCUGUUCUCAGCUCUUAGCGAGCGCCCCGUGA